CUUGUAGUCUAAACAUUUAAACACAAAGAGAUACUCAUUCAAUUAACAAUAUGUCUGCGCCAUCAUCCUUCCUCGAGAAGCUCCUUAAUAUGCUCGAUGAUCAUAAAACGGAGGAUCAAAUUGCAUGGGCUGCAGACGGUGCCUCAUUCCACAUUUUCAACCCGGAAUCGUUCGCUAAAAACAUACUGCCCCGGUACUUCAGGCACAACAAAUUCGCCAGUUUUGUGCGUCAAUUAAAUAUGUAUAAUUUUAGCAAGAUUCCUGUGGAUAACGCAACAGCACGUGGAAAUGAUAGUACAGUACGAUUCAUGAACCGAUUGUUUGUACGAGGACGACCUCAUCUUCUAUCUGAGAUGAAGCGAAAGUCAGGGUCUGUGACUAGCCACGAAUCCACCGCGACCUCAGAGAGUCUCAACGUGGCAAUCGAACGCUUAUCAAAGACACAGUCCGACAACGCGCACAAACUCCACCUAUACGAGAACGAGAAAGACUGUUUGACGCUAGAAGUACAAAAGUUGGGUGCUGCCAGCUAUCAACAGGAUAAAACCAUCUCUCAGAUCAUGACCUUCCUAUCGUCAGUGUAUGGACCAAAUAGUGAAAACAAUCAGAUACUGGGCAUGAACGACGACCCCUACAGGAUCAGCCCAAGACAAGAAUGUCUGAUGUUGAACAGCUAUGAACAGUGCUAGCGUGUAUUAUGUUGAAGAAUUAUUACAAACCGAGCGAAUCUUCGCAAGAAUGAUUACAUACAAUCUCUAUCCACCGGUGGAGCCAGUGGAAAUAUUUCAGCUACUAAGUACUUUAGCACAAAUAAAUUAAUAAAUACAUCACCUCGCUGUGAACUCGCCU